GAAACAGAAGUUGGCCUAUUUCCUCCUCGGCUAGCAACGUAUGAACGCGCCAUGGAGAGUUCGUCGGUGUAUAUGUGCUUUCCCUGCUACCAGGAGUUUAACACUCUUGAAGAAGUCCUUAAGCACCAGUUGACUUGCUGUGCCGAAGAGGAGCAAUCUGGCUCAUCUGGAAGCACCACUGUUGCCGUUCCAGUGGAGCAGACUCAGCAGCAUAUAAUAAAUAUAGCCAGGACAGUUGCAGUCCCACAAAUUUCAGUCUCCCAGAAUGCAGUCGCACAGAUUGAGGUGCAUAUGGGACAGUCUUCUCUGGGGCAAGUUGAAGAUUCACAAGAGAGGGAACAAGAUCAUCCCAGGAUCCUCUACCAGUGUGGGGAUUGUGAUGAACUUUUCAAGAGCCUUGACUUAUGGCAGCAUCAUCGUAAGGAGGGGGUAUGUCAGCAGGAAGUUUUACCAAGCAAGCCAACUCCAGAGUCACAUGAUGAGUCCGAGACCUUAGCUGAGAGCCCAGCAGCACCUUUAAAUCCAGAUGAGUCGUCUCUCUCACAGAGUGAAAGUAGCAUCAAUCCUGAACCAAUGGAUGAGACUCCGCACCCUACAGAGAAGCAGGCUGCACAGCCGUCUUCGCCUCAGAGCCCAGAAGCUCCUGUUGCUGAGACUGAUGCUACAACUUCUAAUUUAGAUGACUCAUCUCCAAGAAGGAGAGGAGUAAACAAAAAGCCUAAACCUGAACCAGUGCUGCUGUGCGUUGACUGCGGCUCGUGUUUCGGCCUGGUUUCUGAACUCGUAGCCCACCGCAAGACUCAGCACGGCUUUGGGGAAGCGCUGCACCACUGCUCCAUGUGUGGAGAAAGUUUUUUGAACACCACACUUUUCCUGUACCAUCGCAAACAACACCGGCAGAAGGGCGAGGAAACUGUGGAAAAAGUUCCCCAAGUUUAUACCCAGAACAGCACCAGAAAUGCUCGUUCAUCCUCCAGCACUGUGUCCUCCACAUUUAACCAACCGGAGUUGUAUUUCUGCACCCACUGUGGGCAGAGUUUUGGUGACGGUGAAGGGCUGAGCCAUCAUCGUAAGGAAAAGCACGGCCUCAGUGAACCACUGCACAGUUGCUCCCACUGUGGGAAGAGCUUCAUGAACACCACUCAGUAUCUGUAUCAUCGGCAUCUGCAGUGCAUUACACCAACUGUACAGGAAACCGAGGCCUUUGAUGAAACUACCACCGCUAACCGUGAUACCAUACAAACUGCAAAGAGACUGUUGUCUCCCUCCUCUGGUGAUUCUGGUUUUCCCCUUCCUAAGAGAGGCAGGCCUUUUUUCAGGAUUUUAAGUGCUAAUGCACUAGAAGGAAACAUUAAUUCAGACACUAGAGAUGAAUUAGAGGGCAGCAGUUCAGCCGACUCGAACAACAUGAAUCAUCCUCCACCUGCCAAGCUGCUACAUGAUUGGGCUCGAACGCCACUUCCCCACGUCUGCCCUUACUGUGGCCAAACCUUCACCCGACGUGUCUUCCUCCGCGCACACGUCUACAGCCACACCGGAGAGAAGCUCUUUACAUGCAAGGUGUGCUCAAAGUCGUUCACCAACUCCCAGAGCCUGCUGCGACACAACAUGAACCACACGGGCAACAAGCCCUUCUGCUGUGAUGUUUGUGGGAAAGAAUUCGCCCAGGCAGCCACUUUGAAAAGACACCAACAAAUUCACACGUCAAUGGAGCCGCCACGCAGGCGAGGACGCAAACCGACGUGUUCUUUGGACAACGAAGGAAAUUCUCAUCUCUUCUCUUGUCCGAGUUGUCCUUCACGAUUCAACACUGAGGAUCAGCUUAACCACCACAAAUUGCUGCACACCAGCCACCCGUUCCCUUGUCCUGAAUGUGGAGAGCCUUUCAAACGCAGGAAAGACCUGGACCUGCACUCUCUCGUACAUCAAGACAAGCAGCCGGUGGCGUGUCCGCACUGCUCCUCCCAGUUUAUCAACCAGUCCGUGUUGGAUUCUCACCUGCAGCGGUGUCCUGUCACAGAAGAUGAGAGAAAUGUCGGCCGUGGACGAGGACAGGGCCGUGGACGUUCUACUGGACAGAUGGAGUGCGACCUUUGUGGUCACCGUUGCAUGACUCAGGAGGGCCUCGACCUUCAUCGAUUGUCGCACACGGGCCAGACGCCUCUGAAAUGCCCAGUGAGGCCCUGCCGCCGCCGAUUUACCUCCAACAGUACCCUGGAGAAGCACGUGCUGGAUCAUUUCCAAGGGACGCUCUCCAAGUCCAAAAACCGACCUCGCUUCCGCUGCGAGAUUUGCCUGAAGGAGUUUUCCUACCAAUCCACCUUCAGUGUUCACAUGAGGACACACACUGAUGAGAGGCCCUUUGAGUGCGCCACGUGUGGGAAACGUUUCCGCCAGCUGCCCCAUCUCCAGGACCACGAGCGAAUCCAUUCUGGCCUGCGGCCUUUCUGCUGCUGGGUCUGCGGCAAGAGUUUCAGCGUUGCAGCCCGCCUCACCGAGCACGCUCGCACCCACAGCGGCGAGAAGCCCUACCCCUGUCCCCACUGCACCGCCGCCUUUCGCGCCCGCCCCAACCUGGAUAAGCACUUGCGGAUACACGGAGACCUCGCUCCGGAAACCAUCGAGCAAGUGGCGCAAGCGGCCGAGGAGGCGCACGUCCAGAAGGUGCUGGAGGGGGCCAAGGUGCUGUCGUCCCUGUCCGACACAACCGACAUGGAGACCGGCACCGUACAGACCAUCUACGUGGUGCAGGAAGGAGACGGUGGCACGGAGACGGUGAUGAUUCCUUCUGACCAGCUCAGCGGCAUCGAGGGAGCCUCGCAGGUCGUCAUCCUGCCCUCCUCAGUUCUGGGAGCUCAGGGCAUAACCGUUCCCACCAUCGCCAUCAACGAGAGCGGAGUUGCCGUGAUGGAAACGAGCCAUUCACCGCAACACGCCAUCGAGUUCAUUGUGGAGGAGACUGUGUGAAGAAAUAAUAGUAACUACAUGAAUUUUACAACCUUAUAGCUCAUU